AUGCGUCUGCUUGAUACAGGCAGUUUCAAGAUCAAAGAAUUCACAGAUGAUAGCAUCCCGCGAUACGCUAUCCUGUCACAUACUUGGGAUGAAAAAGGGGAAGUUACUUUUCAGGAUAUGAACGGAACCGAUGCAAAGAACAAGAAUGGAUAUGACAAAAUCAAACGGUGCUGCUUAACAGCUAAAGCCAAUGGGUUCCAGUAUGUUUGGAUAGACACUUGUUGCAUCGACAAGACAAGCAGUGCGGAGCUGUCUGAAGCAAUCAACUCCAUGUACCGCUGGUACCAAGGAGCUGAAAUAUGCUACACAUAUCUUGCCGACGUACAAUCAAAAGAUGAAAUCCAGAAGAGCAGGUGGUUUACAAGGGGAUGGACCCUUCAGGAGCUAAUUGCCCCGUUGAAAAUGAUAUUCUUUAAUGAGGAAUGGAAAGAACUGGGGGAAAAGGCAGACCUCCAACAGGAUGUGUCUGACUAUACAGGUAUACCUGUUGGUAUUCUCUCAGGCAAGGAUGACCUUGAAACAUCUAGUGCUGCACAAAGAAUGUCCUGGGCAGCAAGAAGAAAAACAUCAAGAAUUGAGGAUCAGGCCUAUUGUUUGAUGGGCUUGUUUGGUGUCAACAUGCCACUGAUCUAUGGUGAAAGAGAAACUGCUUUCAUCAGACUUCAGGAGGAAAUCAUGCGGAUCUUGGAUGACCACAGCCUCUUUGCAUGGAAGUCCACUGACAAUCGCAGCGGACUUCUUGCCACUUCCCCAGCUGCAUUCAAGGACUCCCAUGACAUUGUCCAGUUCAGUCUUUUUGAUACCUCUGACAACCCUUUGACUGUGAGCAGUAGGGGGAUUCAUUUGGACCUCCGCCUUAUAGGCACAGGUCAUCGAGGAUUCGGGCUCGCAAUUCUUCAUUGUAAAAAGAAAGGAAGGGAGAAUAAGCCAAUUGCGAUCUAUGUGAGAGAUUUACUCUUUACAAUGCAGCGGUUUAAAAGGGUUCACAGUAAAGACUUCAAACAGCUUGAUCUGAGGAAAUUUGUACCAUCACAAUAUCCUAUUAGAAGAAUAUGUGUUGAAGCUGGUCGCGCAACACGCACAGGGAAACUGAAUGUUGAGAAAUGGGACAAUAUCUCCCCAGACCAAAUCUACUCCGACGAUGCUCUCGAAAACCUAAAAAAUUUUAAAGAUCCAACAGCACUAUCGCGUGCAGCAGCAGAAGGAAAUGAGGGCAUUUUAUGGUUGCUGCUGACACGUAGUGAUGUUGGGGCAGACAUGAAGGGAAAAUGGUCUAAUCGGACAUCCUUGUCAUUGGCUGCUGAGAAUGGGCAUGAAGCCAUUGUCAAGCUGCUGCUUAACAGAGGUGCUGCAACCGAGUUCAAGGGUGAAAAUGGUCAGACACCACUAUCCUGGGCUGUUGAGAAUGGACAUGAAGCCACUAGGUGCUGCAGCUGA